AUGAACGACGCGGCAGGACCGAAUUCGGAGAAGGUAGCUACUCUGCUUCAGAAACUGAAUUCCGACCCUCAGUUCGUACUGGCCCAGCAUGCUGGCACCGCCCACGACCUGCCGGACAUCUGUCUGAAGAGGGCCACGGUCCAGGGUGUUCAGCACGUGUUCCAACAGGCUGUGCAUCCGGAAGGCAAGCCCAUCACCAACCAGAAGAGCUCAGGGCGAUGCUGGAUCUUUCCUUGUCUGAACGUUAUGAGACUUCCAUUCAUGAGAAAAUUAACUAUUGAAGAAUUUGAAUUUAGUCAGUCUUACCUCUUUUUCUGGGACAAAGUUGAAUGCUGUUAUCUCUUCUUAAAUGCUUUUGUGGACACAGCGCAGGAAAAGGAGCCUGAGGAUGGUCGGCUGGUGCAGUAUUUGCUUACGAAUCCUGCAAAUGAUGGAGGACAAUGGGAUAUGCUUGUCAAUAUUGUUGAAAAAUAUGGUGUUAUCGCUAAGUGCUUCCCUGAAUCUUAUACGACAGAGGCAACCAGAAGGAUGAAUGAUAUUCUGAAUCACAAGGUGAGAGAAUUCUGUAUACAACUACGGAACCUGGUAUACAACAGCACAACCAAAGGAGAAAUCUCAGCCACACAGGAUACCACGAUGGAGGAGAUAUGCAGAGUGGUGUGUAUCUAUUUGGGUAAUCCACCAGAGACGUUUGCCUGGGAAUAUCGAGACAAAGGUAAAAACUAUCAAAAGAUUGGCCCCAUAACACCCUCGACGUUUUACAGGGAAUAUGUCAAGCCACUCUUCAAUAUGGAAGAUAAGAUUUGUUUAGUGAAUGACCCUCGGCCCCAGCACAAGUACAACAAACUUUACACGGUGGACUACUUAAGAAAUAUGGCUGGAGGGAGAAAAACUCUAUAUAACAACCAGCCCAUUGACUUAUUGCAAAAGAUGGUUGCUGCCUCCAUCAAAGAUGGAGAGGCUGUGUGGUUUGGCUGUGAUGUUGGAAAACUCUUCAAUGGCAAGUUGGGCCUCAAUGACAUGAAUGUCUAUGACCUUGAGUUAGUGUUUGGUGUCUCCAUGAAGAACAUGAAUAAGGUUGAGAGGCUGACUUUUGGUGAGUCACUUAUGACCCAUGCCAUGACCUUCACUGCUGUCUCAGAAAAGGAUGAUUAGGAGGGUGCUUUCGUGAAAUGGAGAGUGGAAAAUUGGUGGGGUGAAGACCAUGGCCACAAAGGUUACCUGUGCAUGACAGAUGAGUGGUUCUCUGAAUAUGUCUACGAAGUGGUGGUGGAUAGGAAGCAUGUCCCUGAAGAGGUGCUAGCUGUACUAGAGCAGGAGCCCAUUGUCCUGCCAGCCUGGGACCCCAUGGGUGCUUUGGCCGAGUGA